AUGGCUUCUUUUUCCCUAUCAUUUCUAGUGUUGUUCCUUGCAUCUCUCAUUCUCAUCCCUCAAGGCUUUGCUACUCGUGUUAACCCUACUCAAUAUACACGACCUACUCCUGUUUUACCUCCACGACGUGGCAGGCCGCCGCCAACCCCCACCCCGGUUUUACCUCCAAGAAUUUACAGGCCACCGCAUAUCCCUCCAGUGUACACACCACCAAGUGAGAAGAAGCCUUGA